AUGAGUCAGGAGUAUUUUUCGCCCAAGGGCAAGUCGGUACCGAUGUACAGGACCGAUGACGACGGCGAAUCCGAAAGCGCGUCAACCUCGAGUCGCCCGAGCGAUCCCGUUGCACCCCCGGUGGCGUCGGCCGCCCCGGCAUACAUGACUGUUGGCACAGGCUCGGCACCGCAGUAUGCUGCCCAUCUCCAAGCGAUGCUCGAACAAGACUCUGGAUACGGUGGCAGCGUUGCCGGCGACGAAGUAAGCCCGUCCACGUCCGGCCCGAGCGCUGCGGUCCCUUGGAAUCCUGCUAUCCAUGCAGACAGGCCAAUACGCUCCCAGGCUUCCUCCUCCUCGGGCCACACCGCCGCCCAGGCCAGCGCGGUUCACCAGCUCUGGUACAACCAGCACCGAGCCACCCUCGGCCGAGCCAUAAGCACCGUCGUGGAACUGUUGCGGGAGCUGCAGGAAAAGAACUCGGUAUGGCCCGCCCACUACCCGUCAGUUCAGCGCGCUGCGCUCGACGCGCCGUCACGCCCAGCUUCAAGGCCUGGAUUGCACCAGGCCUACUCAACCGCCGGCGAUUUGGCCACAGCACCACCCUUCUCCGCCCCGCCUCCCAUGCUCCGACGAGCCAUGACCACAUUCGAGGAAGCAGAGGCCGAAUCCAGCAGAGUUGCCGGGAAUAGGACGCCUAUCGUCGAACCACGACUUGUCACCCCUCAGAUUGCUCAAGAGUUCUCGGUGUUGAAGCUGGAUCUGAAACUUGGCGCGGUGCACCAGGCCCAGCUCGUACAUUCGUUGGAGAAAGGGUCGAUUGCCUCGCUGUUGGACGGCAAGAUACAGUCGAGCAUCAAGCACCUACAGUCUCUUCGAGAGCGCAUCGAGGAUACGUCAAGCAAGGUCUUGGUGACGGGCGAUCUGAAUGCAGGGAAAUCGACCUUCUGCAACGCAUUACUACGGCGGAAGAUCCUUCCAGAGGAUCAACAGCCCUGCACGAGCAUCUUCUGCGAGGUACUUGAUGCGAGGGAGAACUGCGGCAUCGAAGAGGUUCACGCAGUUCACAAGGACGCCGUCUACGACCGACAUGACGAAACCACCUACGAUGUCUACUCGAUUCAGGAGCUGGAAAAGAUCGUGGUGGAUAAUACCUUGUACAUGCAAUGCAAGGUGUACGUGAGAGACGUACGGACAAUCGACGAGUCGCUUCUCAACAACGGCGUGGUUGAUAUUGCACUUAUCGAUGCUCCUGGGCUCAACAUGGAUACCACCAAAACAACCGCCAUCUUCGCGCGCCAGGAGGAAAUUGACGUUGUUGUUUUCGUCGUCUCCGCUAGCAACCAUUUUACCCAGACCUCAACCGAGUUUAUCAGGGCUGCCGCUGCCGAGAAGGCCUAUCUCUUCAUCGUGGUGAAUGGCUACGACGCCAUUAGGGACAAGGAUCGAUGCCAGAAGUUGAUUCUCAACCAGAUCAGGACAUUGAGCCCUGCGACGUUCAAAGAGUCGGCCGAGCUCGUGCAUUUCGUAUCAAGCACCGCAAUUCCCAUGGCGCCUGCCCCGGACGGCGGCCCUGGCGGAGGCGGGUCUGGCAGUUCAAGCGGUGGCGGGUUUGAGGGUGACCCAGGCGAUGACGAUCCAAAGGGGAAGGGCAAGAAGAAGGAGAUGGAGCGGGACUUCUCAGCGCUCGAGCAAUCCUUGCGAAGGUUCGUGCUUGAGAAGCGUGCGCGCUCCAAGCUGGCUCCCGCCAAGACGUAUCUGAUGAACAUCCUGAACGAUGUCAACGUGCUGGCUACCGUCAACGCAGAAGUUGCUCAAUCAGAGUUCGACAGGGUGAACAAGGAGCUGCAGGAGAUCGAGCCUCAGCUUGAAUCAAGCAAGCGGGCAAGGUCCGAGAUCAGCGACAAGAUCGAUCAGACCAUCGAGGAGACUUGCAAGGAUGUCUACGAUUAUUCUCGCUCAACAAUCAGCUCGGCCAUUGAACACGCCGGCGAUGGCAACCUCGGCAUCCCCUACCCCGGCUUGUUCGGCGCCUUCCAGUAUGCCGAUGACCUCAAGGAGGCCAUGCUGUCGCAAAUCGCGGCGUCGGUUGUGCGGUGCGAGGAACACGCCCGCGCCAAGACAGUAUCCGGCGUCAAUAUGAUCAAGCAGCUCGGCAUUCUCCAUCUUGGGAACGAGUACGAGAACCUCAACUUCAAGUCGGAUGUCAUGUUUCAGCACAAGAAGCAUACUCUAGCCCGCCAGGUUGACAUUACCACCGAGUUCUGGGACUUUGUUGACUGGUCCACCUUACUUCAACGAGAGGAAAAGGCGGGCAUGGCUUUGACCGUUGCCGGCGUUGUCGGCACCGGUGUGGUCAGCGGCUACGGCCAGAUGAACAUCGCGCUUCGUGCCGCCCAUCUGCUUGGGAAUGACAAUUUGCGCCGCCUGCUUGUCCCUGGUGUAAUUGCAGCAGCGGCGGCGAUGGCAUUCUACGUCCUCAGCCAGAUUCCUCAUUCUCUCCCGCACCGCCUCAGCGCCAAAAUCUCUACCCAGCUAGCGGCGAUGGACUAUGUCCACUCCAACAGCAACCGCAUUUCGGGCACCGUACGCAAGGUUCUGCUGAUCCCCUCCAAUUCCCUGCGGGUCGGCCUUCAGCGUUCUGUUGAGCAACUCGACGUCCGCCGCGACGAGACGCUCAAGGUGCGCAGGGAGAGCAGCGACGCCCUCAGGUUCUUUGGCAACCUUGUCCAGAGGAGCGCGCACCAGCGCCGCCAACUCGAAACCGUGGAUCUCGACGGCCAUCCGCCGGGGGCACCGGGUGGCUUCUAG